AUGUCAGCGAUUCCGCGAGAGGCCGCCAGGGGGCGAGCGACUAACGCUCGGCCGCGAGCUCCCCGCUCCCCUCGCUGCGCCCCAACGGCCAGCAGAGGGCGCGCGCCUGGCGUUGAGCCCAACCGCCGCCUCCAACCGGACAGGACAGGACCCGGCAGGACAGGAUGGAGGUUUGGGUCCAAGCCCAGCUGUGUUUGCGGCGCGUACGGGGGCCUGGAAGCCGCUGGGCGGCGCCAAGAACGAAAGUGGGAAAUGGUCUUCGUCGUGAAAGCCCCAGUCCUCGGGGAGCAGACCCCUGCUCUGUGGCAGUGCCAUGCGCCUGGGAGCUGUGUGGAACAUUCCGCAAUGGUCACUCCCGGGUCCUGCAUUUGCCUUGACCACAGGACCCAGAGGCACAGGGAGAAGCCUCCCCUGGAUGCGGUGAGCCGACUUCAGUGGCUGAGACUGUCCGGUAGAGCCGGGAGCACCGCAUGCUUCCUGCAGAUUGCGGGGAGGCCUGUGCGCAUGAGCACCUGCAUCCCUGAAGGGGACCUCCGUGGCGCUACCUGGUCCAGGCAGGUCACAGAGGACUCCUCGGCCCUGAGCACAAGAGGGUGCACCAAGGACAAGAUUCAGCACCGUGACACCAGAACAGCUACACGGAGCCACAGGUCAUUUUCCAAAAAGGCAGUUUCCAGGCCAGAAGCCACCCCUGCAGCAUUGCUUUAUGCUCCAAGAGAAGGUCUAGCACACAGCUCUGCUCAGAUGGAAGCACCGUUCCCUGAGCGUCCUUGUCAGCACCAGGUGACUUUCUGACAGAACCCCUCCCUCCCUCUCUGCCUCGUUUUCUCAAGAUGCCGUGUUUGCCUGAAAGGACAUUUGCAGCCAGCAGUGGUGGUGGCUGGUCCUUUGGAUGGGCACCAAUGCCA